CUACAGUUUUAGAUAAAUGUAACUACUCGAUACAAAAUAACUGCCCGACUGUCAAAUUUUAACUAAAAGUUCAAAUAAUUCGCAGGAUGGUCCAUACUCUUAGAAUGGAGGAAGAAAAUAAAUUGUGAUCGUGAAAAUGCUAGCAAUCUCACGAGUAGCCAGUUUGACGUAUAUUGAAAAUACGAGUCACGAAGCUAACAACAAAUAAUCAUUUUAUUGAAACGCUGAACUGUUUUGCCUUUCUCAUAUAGAAAGGUUAUACAAUCACUUGAAAAUCGGCUAGUAAAAAUUGGCCAAGUGUCAUAUGCCUUUCCACUCAGUUCGUCGAGCUGAGCAAUCUAUCUGUGUGUGUGUGUUUCUUAAAAAUGACUUAAUCGAUAUUAACCAACUUAGAUCUAAAUGAAUGGUCUCAUGGUUGUACACGGAAUUCUUGAAUUUCAUCCGGAUCCGACUUUCGGUUCCGGAACGAUAAGGUAAAGUGUGUUAAAAAUUAUGUAACGUCACUUGAAGAGUCGAAACGAAAAAAGUAAAAAGUUUUCUAAAUUGCUCUCGAAAGUAUUCCCGAAUCUCGAAUAACGACGGCAUUAAAUAGUCAUACACUCAAGAAAGGAUCUCACUUACUUUUACACUUAGUCCGGUAUUACUAAUCUUAGGUUCAAAUGAAUGAUCUUAUGCUCCUACCAAAAAUUAAACAUAUUUUCGGUUGCAAUUAAAAUCAUGUUAGUUGAUGGCCAUACGAACCAACUUCGAUUAUACGUUCUCGGGUUCUAGUGCCCGAAAUACCUACAAUAGUGGAACUCACUUCGUUUUUUCAUCGAUGUCAGAGAACUGAUUCAUUCUGUAGGUUAUACUAUUUAAUGCACAACAAAUCUCUUUGGUUUAUUUUAAGAAUCGGAGAGAAAUAUUUUAAUAGUAUACCACAGUAUUAUAUAUGAGAAUAUGAUUGAUGUGAGAAAAGGAUCAUUACCACACUAUGUUGUAUUAAAACGGGUUUUUGACUAUUUUAUUCAGCGUGAACAUAUGGUAACAGUGUAAAGCUAUAGUAGAGCUUUUUCGCCUAUUCGCCACUAAUGGCGCUACUUGUUAUCGUGCACGGUCCCUAUAGACCACCCAUAUGAAUCUUGCAGCUGCUGAAUUUGCUCUUAGGUUCGAUGCGUAGUUACAAUUGUUACACACAAAGAAUAGCUGGCGACUAUUAAAACAGAAAGAUAUCCGUUGCCGUUGUUAUGAUUGAAAAAUUGUGAACCCAAUCUUCUAAAAUCAUGACAAUUAUUACGAAUUGUCAAAAGAGUUAUUUCUCCCAUGAAAAUUCAUUAUGGUUGGAAUAUGCGUUACCUGCGGGAUGUAUUUCAUUCGAAACUCGUGACUCUUAUUAUCUGGCCGAAAAUCACUUUGAACAUUCCAAAUAAAGUUGUAAUGUGAUAGAAUUAUAAACUUCAAAAUUUUCAUUAAAAUUUUCGAAAUUUUGUGGGUUUGUUGAUUUAUCAAAAGUUAGAGAAUUUUCAUCAAAUAAGAUUUUGAACAGACUAAGUACGACUAACCCAAAAAUAAAUAUUUAUAACGUUUUAAUACUGAUUUUUAUUAGGUUCGAUUUACACGUUUUUCACAUACUUAUUUUGAAUGGAUUCUCAAAAACAUAAUCACACCCGGAUCUCUAAACGAGACAGUGUAUAGAGAACACGUCGUUCUUCAAAAACGCAAUAUUUCGACUACGUGAAUAAUAAUGAACUCAUAUAUUAAUUGAAUUCAAAUUGGUCUUUUGAAGAAAUUGAUUAUUUACUGUGAUCUAUUUUACUAUUCAAAUGUAUAGUGUUUAAAAUUUGAAAUCAUUUCAUAGUUUUAAACAUAUCGACUGAAUUUACACUGCAAACCAUCAUUAUACAAAUACGCCUAAAGUUAUACCCAUCAUUGUAAGAAGUAUUGCGCAUUUUGCGGUAAAAUAAGUCAAAAAAGGGUAGCGGAGCUAUUUUAUGCACUCAAAUAUAUAUUGGUGGAUGUAACAAUAAAGAAGUACAUCGUGUCUCAGAGCUUUAAAGAUUAUUCCAUUCUUCAACAUAGUAGGUAUGCAUAUGUACUUCAUUUUGAUUAUUACCAAAAAUAUCAGCACCGGGAAUAUAGUGGAGUGUCCAAAAUACCUGCGCUACCUUAAUUCAUGAUACGAGGCCUUUUAACACUGCUGGAUUGUCAUAACAUGAAAAUAUCUUAUUUUCCCGUUAUUACGACUUUUUCUCAUUUGGAGAAUCAGAAGUUACUUUCGAUGCGGACUUGUGAUUUAAAUUACUUGAUAAAUUUUUCUUCUAGAGGCUAGAGCUUGUUCUAGUAUUUUUAUUAGAGCGACUCAAAGUACUUCAAAACUGAAACAAAAUUAAUCUAAAUUAGCACAUAGCCAGAGAGCACAAUUUCUAAACUCUUUUGCAUGUAUUUAAAGUAGCAAUCUUUCACUUUUGUUCAUUUUUUCAGAGGUCGCUUAUAUACACGGAAAUAAAUCCGUUACUGUUGUCAUGAUUACCAAAUAAUGAGACCAAUCACUUUAACUUCUCAUGCAGUCAUGAUAGUUUUCCAUGAUGUUUUGAUCAAAAGGACUCAAAUCAUGAGUAAUAAUUCUUCCCCCAUGAAAAUAAAUCAUGGUCAGAUAAUGUGCGACUUGAGGAAUUCUAAACUCGUAACUCCGAUUCUCUACCCGGAUAUCACUUGAACCUUCUACCUCGAGUAAUGUGAUGGAUUGCUUAGAAUAAUGGGCAGACAUUGAAAAACCAGAACUACUUAGGAUGUUUACUUGAUUUCGAGAAAUAUUAAUUUAUUAAUUAGAAAUUGUGUUUUUGUAUCCAGCGAUUUGUCGUAAUAAAAGAUAAUGAACGAACUAAGCACGUCUACGCCUUUCAUUUGGAAAACAUUAACGUUAGGCGGUUUAUAACAAUUUUACUUGUUUUUUCACGUGGUCCGUUUGUGUGAACUCACAUAAACGAAAUCAAACUUGCGGCAAUGAUUGCAAAACUGCGUCGUUCCUCGAAAACGCUAUAUUUUACUAUUCGAAGAGACAAUAUUUUACUAUUCAUUUGAAACAUUAGUUAAAGUAAAAAACCAUGGAAUCGUGUUAGAAAUAUGAUUAUCACACCAAUUUAUUUAGCUCAGUUUUAAAAUAUGCAUUUUUAUGACAUAACGCCUGAAUUAAUGUAGCAAAGAUCAGUAUUGUACACUGGAACCUCAAUUUACGCGCAGAGCCGGGGUGCGUAAAUUAAAUAUCGCGUAAAUUAAAUGAAACAUCGCGUUAUUUCAAAUUUUUCGCGUAAAAAAUUGUGUUUCAAAUUUUAUUUGAUUUUAGUGUAAAUAACAUGAACAAUCCUACUACGUCCGAUGCUUUAGCGCCUGAGGACCCUCUGAGUAUGUUCUGAGACUAUGGUAAUGCUUAAGAGAUGUUCCAAGAUCCAAGAACUACUUGGAGUAUUGUCCUUAGGGACUACACUGUGUCCCAGCAAGAACUACAACGGCUUUGUUUGUUUGCCAUUUUUGUUUGUGUUGCAUACCUUUAGAGCUUCACAUUGCUCACUUGUCUAUUUAUAGCUGUUCCAGUCGUCCAAGAACUUCGGUGAAAACAGGUCUUAAGAUCUACUCGAACAUUUAGCAAUCUAUGUAGGGUUUUUCAAUGCUGCUCAUAGUCGUAGAGCUACAUACUGAUUACUCACUUACUAACUGUGUUUUGAUUAUUUUUCGGAACAUUCCCAGUCGUCCAUGAACUUCAGUGAGAACAGGUCUUAAGAUCUACACGAACAUUCAGCAGUUUAUGUACUCCAGGUAGUUUUUGGAUGGCGGAUUACAAUUUUCCGAUUGAUCGCAUGUGGAAUCACGAAUAUGGAUCGAGAACGAUAAGGUCGUUAAUGCACUUUGUUACACUGAUAUAUCUUAAGCCCUGAACUACAGGUAGUUUUUGGAUGGAUCAUCGAUUACGUUGGUAGACCUUAAGGCCGUUAUACUGCAUUAUUGAAAAAUACAACCGUUUCGAAAUAUAUGCUUUUUAUACACUUUCUUAUAGAAUUCAGUCUCUAAAGCAAGCUGUCGAACUUUCAAUCAAUGAGAUCGUAAUUUUAAAUCAAUGCUAGAUUUAGUUUCAGACAGAAAUCGAAAAAUAGAGACUGAUCAAGUAUUUUUAACUGUGUAUGUUUGUCACAUAUUCCGGCAGCCUAAUAUGUUUUCAUUAAAUGCUUCUUUCGGUCAUAAGAUCUUUAAACAGAACGAAAAUAAGUGACUGAGUGGAAUACAUGAGAUCUUUUGUGGAACACUCACGAAAGAGGAUUUGUCACAUGCACCAGUAGAUUCAAUUGGUCAUGUGUGUCUACCGUAUCUAUUUCAUCAUAAGUACGAGCUUUGAUAUUCUUUCAGGAAAAACAUUGUUGGAAAAAAAUUAUGGUGUCAAAAGAUUUAAAAAAAUCAACAUAAAGAAGUCAAAGUUCGGAUAUGAUCGGUAUGCUUUUGUUUCUGAAGCUUUUUCUUUCGGAUUUUCCAACAACAUAGAUCUGUCAAACUCACUAAUCUAAACUUAUUCAACCUCCCUAUGUGCUACGUCCAGAAAUCAGCGAGCGAGCCGGAAGGCGAAUUAAUUCAUUGACCCGAAAUGAUGUAGGCAUUGCAUUGGAGGGGGAAAACAGCUGUAACAUAGCAUCUAUUCGAUACUAGCUGUUAUUGUACAUAAGGGAGCGUGUCGCCAUAAUAAUACCACGUUGCGUUCCAUGUGCUGCAUACUAGCGUGCAUGUAUAUGUAGGGUGCAGUAUGUUUUCGUGAUCCUACCGACAGCCGUCAUCUCGUACAAGGGGUUUCCGCCUUUAUCCUGUGUUGAAGUUUUUCAUGACUCCUUUUUGCUAUGCCAUUUGGUAGGAACGGUAGGGUCUAUUUCUACGCUGCACUAUGAUCAUUCAUGCAGGAAUAGUUCAAGCCAGCAGAACUCAACGCAGUUCUUGUGGCUUAUCAGUACUAGCCCGUUGUAUUUAUUCAGCUUAUCUUUCGAUGUCGUCAGACGAUGAUUCGCCGAGCCAGCAAAGAGAACACUUUCUCGAAGCGAGCCGCUGACUGAGAGUUCUGUGAAGUCUUAGCCGUUCGCGACAAUCGUCGAUCACCUCUUGUACAUGCGUCACCUCGAAUUGACCCGCGCGGAGGAAGUCACCGGACUACGUUAGGCGACGAAAUUGAAGAAGCCUGCCGUGUUCAAAAGAAUAAAUUAGAAUUGUAAUUCAUUUUUAUUCCCUCGCUCAGCUCAGUAAGCUUGAUAUACAGAAAUCGGAGUAAAGCUGCGCUUGUAGUACACAUGAAAAAAAAUCGAAUGUGUUUAUGCAUAAUGGCGAAUGAAUCAGUUGGAUACGCUAGAACGUGAAGAAAUGGUACACAUAUAGUUCAAAGGAAACAAAGCCGCAGGACUUUGAGUAGUUGGUGUAGAGCGAAACUUUUUUAUUGAAAUGUGAAAGUGAUGUAAUCACAAACUUCUCGUUUUCUGGUGGUGGUGUAACUAAUACGUACUAUCGAUCUUUAAUAGUUAUUUUAAUAACUAACCAGUGUAAUUAGUGCUUGGUCGCUGUGCGCGAAUAAGUAAACCAAAGAGUUUGGUGCCAUAUACAAAAUCUAGUUGAACUAACGUAUGAUUGAAGUACAAUUAAGUUAAUUUUACUCUGCUUUUUAACUAACACAAUGAAACGUUCUCGUCAGAAUAAAGUAACUAAAGUAAUCAAAGCAUCUUCUGGUGCCGGUAGACCAAAGUCUAAAAUCGUCGUACAGGAAAGUAACAACAAUGAGCCUGUUGCUCCAAAUCCGGUAAAACAGCCUGCUAUAGUAGAUCAACCUAUCUUGCCUGAGGCGGAGGAUUUGGACAAAGGUUUGCUUGUGUUAGCAGUUGAAAAUGAUUCAAUUUCGGUGGUAUCGGCGACCGGUGACAACGGUGGUAGCGAACAGAAGGCUAGUAGAAAGAAAAACCGUAAGCAGUACAUCUGCCAUGUGUGCAAUAAGAAUUUUAUGGGAGCCAAUGAUCUGCGGAAGCAUCUCCGUAUCCACAACGACGAACGUCCUUACGCCUGUACGCAUUGUGACAACCGAUUUCGACAGGCGGGAUGUCUAAAGAAUCACAUCGCCUCCCAGCACGGCACGGACACGUUAUACACUUGUGAUCUUUGCGGUAAGACAUUCCCGAUCAAGGAGCGACUUCGUUUGCAUAUGAGAGUACAUACAGGCGAGAAACCGUACCAGUGCCCUAUGUGCCCUAAGACGUUUGCCCGUGGAGGCCAGCUUACCCAGCAUUUGGCGACCCACAAUGGGAUAAGAAGACACAAAUGUCCACACUGUUCAUCAGCAUUCUCAUGUGCAGCUAAUCUAAAGAUGCACCUCAAAAGUCACCUGGAUAUUCGCGACUACACGUGUCACAUUUGUGGGAAAGGUUUCUAUCGACCGGAUGCACUGAAAAAACAUCUUCUCUGCUAUCACGCCAAUUUGAAAGCUUUCCAUUGCCAAAUCUGCAACAAAAUGUUCAAAGGCCACCUCCCGCAGCAUAUGCGAACGCACAAGAUGAUUCGUCCGCAUGGAUGUGCCGUUUGCGGGGCUGUCUUUUCGCAGCGUUCGCAGUUGGUUGUGCAUCAACGCAUCCACACCGGAGAGCGACCAUACAGGUGUCAAGUCUGCUGGCAGGCGUUCGCACACUCAAGUGUUUUGAAGUUACACAUACGUAAGCACACAGGAGAGAAACCUUUCGAAUGUCCGAUUUGUAGAGUUGGAUUCUCCCAGCUCCCUCAUCUUAAGAAACAUAUGCUCUCUAUUCACAAUCAGGACAAAUCAUAUCUGUGCAAAACUUGCAACGUUUUCUUCAAGACUAAGUUGGAUCAUCAAAAUCAUAUAGCGACUUGUUCACCAGAAGAGCAGGGACCCAUUAGUGUAGAGGAGAUCAUCGAUAGAAACGUUAAGCAUGCAAACAGUGGAGUGGAUCCUCCAAUGCCGGUAUCGCACAUGAGAUUUCUGGUGGCCAUUCUGCUGAAGAAGAUCUCUACAGAAGAGCGGUUGAAAGACCUUGGGUUCGACAAACGAUUGAUUGAUAAUGUGCUCGUCGAUUCGCUGAAAUGCGCUGGUCGCAAAGCUUGCGACGACAGAUCGUUGGAUCCGGCGUUCCGGCUGAAACAAAAUGUUCAGGAAUUACUGGAAUGGACAGUCCCUGCCAAAUAUAUGGAAGAGUUUAAGAAAGCCAAUCGUAGUACCGAAGAGCUAUUGGAGGAUUUGACGAACUAGAACCUACUGAUGCUAUGGUUUUGCUUUUCGAACUAUCUAAUUUUUCAACUAAUAAUUGGAACGAAUUAUCUGUAAUAUAUAGAAAAUGAAGCGGUAGGAAAUUUCAGAAAUUGUACAGCACUCUCGAUCGAAUUAUUUUGAACUCUAUUAUAUGUAACUAAUCGAACGCUAACGAAAGAAUAUGUAGUAUUGAAUGGGAUUAAUAUGUUGUUUCCCUAAUGAUUCAGCUUAACCCGAUCUUUUUGAUUUACAUACUUCUGAUAAUGGAAAUCUUGCAUUUCAAGCCCAAGUAUACAUAAGUUCAAAAACCUUGAUGCCAUAUAAUACCAAUAGAAACUUGCCAAAAAUGAAUUUAGUCUAGUUUUAGUGGUUUUGAUUUUAUAUCACUAGUUUUUAUUUGAAUUAAAUUUUGAGCGAUCUCAAAUGCUUACCAAAAAAUAAGGGCAAAUCAAAUGAAGCUCCGUAUAGGGUCUGUACAGAAUCUAGUCAAAUAUGCCAUUUUGAAGGGAUUUCAAAAGUUGUUGCGACAACUAUUAGCACUAUUUUCAUUUAGUUUUUAUACUUUGUUAUCUUUUUUGUACAUUGUUAUCAUAUUGAAAGCUCAAAACCAAAAAUAUUACAAUUCUUUUCAUAAUAACAACUUUGUAUAGUAAAAAGUUGAGAAAAUUGAAAACGAUGCCAGUGAGCGAAUUUUAAAAUUAGUAUCUAGCCUAGUGUAGCAAAAUUGACAAGAAGAAUUCGAUGUCUAGAGAUAAUAACAGAUUUGAAACAGGGUGUUUCAAAACCGACUUAUUGCCUAUAAUAAAACGUACGGAAAUCGUAAUAAA